AUCCUGAGGAACAUCGCGCCCGACCGUAUUCCAAUCAAUCAAGGUGAAAUCGUCGAACUGCUCAAGGCCGACCAUCUGAACGAGAAAGAUGUUUAACUUGGAGAAGUCGACGCUCGCCGUCGUCACCGGCGCCUCGCAAGGCAUCGGACGCACCAUAGCCCUCUCGAUCGCCGAAAAAGUCAAGAAUCUCACGAUCAUUUUGAUCGCCCGAAACGAGGAGGCUCUGAAACAAACGAAACGGCUGAUCGAGAAGGCGAACGGCGGCGCCGAAGUGAAGAUCUACGCACGCGAUCUGUCUUCCAUCGAAAUCGACGAGUGCACGAGUAUCAUGAAAGAGAACGUCAAGGAAUUCGAGAACGGUGUAAUAUUCCACAACGCAGGUUCGCUCGGCUGCCUUGAUAGAACCAUAAACUUGACAGAUACGAAAGUGUGGAAGCAGUUCUUCCACCUGAACGUCAUUUCAGCGAGUCUGCUGAACUCCUCCUUCAUCCACGAGAUGAGGUACAACGCAAAGAAUCUGUUUGUAGUCAAUAUAAGCUCGUUGUGCGGCAUCCAGGCUUUCAAGAAUAUGGCUAUGUAUGGUGCUGGCAAGGCAGCAAGAAACUUGUUUUUCAAAGUAUUAGCUGAAGAGGAAACGGAUGUGAAGGUGCUGAACUAUUGCCCUGGCCCAGUGGAUACGAACAUGGUCACUCAGGUCAUUGGAGAUGUGAAGGAUUCCGAGGUCAGGAGCAUGUUCAAGGGAAUGCGUGACAACAAGACCAUCCUAUCCACUGAGGUUACUGUUGAUAAACUGUUGGGAAUAUUGCAGGCAGGAGAUUACAAAUCGGGUGAUGUCAUCGAUUUCUAUGAUAGGAUUUAAAGGACAGCAUUUUACUUUCUUCUUAAUAUAUAUAUGUAUACACUUAUAUGAAAUGGUGUUGGCUGAUCUUUAUAAAUUUAAAUUUUUAUUAAUGUUAUUUUUUAUGUAUUAUAAUUAGAACUAGUGAUUAAUAUACAAGAGUAUAUCUGA